AUGGAUAAAGGUAAACGUAGGGAUAAAGGCAAACAACCAAUUGAUUUUGAGGGGUACCACGGUAUUCCUGGUGGCCCCUACGAAGAAACAAGAGUUAGACGCAAUUCAGAGGCUCCUAUAAGUGCUCUGCAAUAUAACUCUCCCAGAGGCAAUAUCCCUGGCCGUGGAGCUUUGGAAACUGCUUACAAUGCCCCAGAAAAUACUACAUCCAAAUUUCCUAAGACGUAUAGAAACCUUGAGGGCCUCGAGGGCGAUGCAAAACAGUUAUUUGAUCCGAAAUGGGAGGCACGACAACGAGAGUUAUCUGAGUACCCGCUCACUGGACCCUAUGACUACAGUUUCAAACCUGAUAAGCGACUUUCUACGCUGAAUCAAGUGCAAAGACCGAUUCCGCCAAGCGAACGUCGUGGAAUUAUGGACCCCGACAACAAAAAGGCCAGAGUUCCAAAUGACCCUGGGCCUCAAAGGGUGAUCUGGGCCUCUCCCAAAGAUCAGUAUUCCCGAGAAGAUGGCGGGGUUUUUACACCACAUUCUCGUCUCGACGUCGAAAACCCGCACGGCCGAGAACUUCUUGGAACGACCUACCACCCAGAAGGAACAACUCGUGGUUUCGAACGGUCUCGCCUCAGCCCACUUGAUCGGCAGGGAAGACAAGAUGAUCAGCGAUACAGAGACCGAUCUAUUAGUCGAGGCCGUCAUUCUGAGAGCUGGCCUUCCCGGUAA